AUGGAGCUGGGGCUGAGCGGGCGCCGCGCGCUGGUCACCGGGGCGGGCAAAGGCAUUGGGCGUGCCACAGCACUGGCCCUGCACACGGCGGGCGCGCGGGUGGUGGCCGUGAGCCGGACCCGCGCAGACCUGGACAGCCUGGUCCGCGAGUGCCCGGGCAUGGAGACCGUGUGCGUGGACCUGGCCGACUGGGAGGCCACCGAGCGGGCGCUGGGCGGCCUGGGCCCCGUGGACCUGCUGGUCAACAACGCGGGGGUGGCGCUGCUGCAGCCGUUCCUGGAGGUCACCAAGGAGGCCUGUGACACGUCUUUGGCCGUGAACCUGCGUGCCGUCAUCCAGGUGUCCCAGAUGGUGGCCAAGGGCAUGAUCGCCCGUGGAGCCCCAGGAGCCAUCGUGAACGUGUCCAGCCAGGCCUCCCACCGGGCCGUGACCAACCACAGCGUGUACUGCUCCACCAAGGGUGCCCUGGACAUGCUGACCAAGGUGAUGGCCCUGGAGCUCGGGCCCCACAAGAUCCGAGUGAACGCGGUGAACCCCACCGUGGUCAUGACGCCCAUGGGUCAGGCCAACUGGAGCGACCCGCAGAAGGCCAAGACCAUACUGGACCGCAUCCCGCUGGGCAAGUUCGCUGACGUGGAACACGUGGUGGAUGCCAUCCUCUUCCUGCUGAGCGACCGCAGCGGCAUGACCACCGGGUCCACCCUGCCGGUGGAUGGCGGUUUCCUGGCCACCUGACCGGUGCCCCCCCAGGAUGGCGGGCUGCAGCGCCCCUCCCCCAAUAAACUUGUACUGUGGAGCGA